AAGUGAGCCGCACACAGGCCGCCCCUCUCCCGGCGCCGUGGCUCUCGCCAUGGAGUAGCCGGAGCGGGUCGGGACGGAGCCAGCGGCAGAGCUAGCUGACAGCCGGUCCUCCGGGCCCACAGGGCGACGGGCGGCCGGGUCCCGCGCCGGCGGUUCGCCCCGAGCUCAGCAUAGUACGUUGGUGUACAGUUGACACAAUGGAGUCCAUGCUGAAUAAGUUGAAGAGCACUGUUACAAAGGUAACAGCCGAUGUCACCAGCGCGGUCAUGGGAAAUCCCGUUACCAGGGAAUUUGAUGUAGGUCGACAUAUUGCCAGUGGUGGUAACGGUCUUGCCUGGAAGAUAUUUAAUGGAACUAAAAAAUCGACAAAGCAGGAAGUGGCUGUUUUUGUGUUUGAUAAGAAGCUAAUAGACAAGUAUCAAAAAUUUGAAAAGGAUCAGAUUAUUGAUUCUUUAAAACGAGGUGUUCAACAGCUAACGAGGCUUCGACACCCUCGACUGCUUACUGUUCAACAUCCAUUGGAAGAAUCUAGAGAUUGCUUGGCUUUUUGUACAGAACCAGUGUGUGCAAGUUUAGCUAAUGUUCUUGGCAGCUGGGACAACCUACCUUCUCCUGUACCAUCUGACAUUAAAGAAUACAAGCUUUAUGAUGUGGAGACUAAAUAUGGUCUGCUUCAGGUUUCUGAAGGCUUGUCCUUUUUGCAUAGCAGUGUGAAAAUGGUCCAUGGAAAUAUUACUCCUGAAAAUAUAAUUUUGAAUAAAAGUGGAGCAUGGAAAAUUACAGGCUUUGAUUUUUGUAUCCAGUCAACAAAUCCAUCUGAACAGGAGCCCAAGUUCCCUUGUAAGGAAUGGGAUCCAAACUUGCCAUCUUUGUGUCUUCCAAAUCCUGAAUAUCUGGCACCAGAAUACAUUCUGUCUGUGAGCUGUGAGACAGCAAGUGAUAUGUACUCUCUAGGAGCUGUUAUGUAUGCAGUGUUUAAUAAAGGGAAACCAAUUUUUGAGGUCAACAAACAGGAUAUUUAUAAAAGUUUUAGUAGACAACUUGAUCAGCUGAGCCGUUUAAGCUCCAGUACUCUCCAGAAUAUACCAGAGGAGGUGCGUGAACAUGUAAAGCUACUCUUAAAUGUAGCUCCAGCAGUCAGACCAGAUGCAGAUCAAAUGACUAAGAUACCGUUCUUUGAUGAUGUAGGAGCAAUGACUCUUCAGUAUUUUGAUUCAUUAUUUCAAAGGGAUAACCUUCAGAAAUCACAGUUUUUUAAAGGAUUGCCAAAGGUUCUGCCAAAGCUGCCUAAGCGUGUUAUAAUUCAGCGAAUUUUACCUUGCUUGACCUCUGAGUUUGUGAAUCCUGAUAUGGUACCCUUUGUCUUGCCUAAUGUUCUACUAAUUGCUGAGGAAUGCACCAAAGAAGAAUACAUCAGGCUCAUUCUGCCUGAUCUUGGUCCUGUUUUUAAGCAACAAGAACCAAUCCAGAUUUUACUGAUCUUCCUGCAAAAGAUGGACUUACUUCUAACCAAAACUCCACCAGACGAAAUAAAGAACAGUGUUUUACCAAUGGUUUAUAGAGCCCUGGAAGCACCUUCAAUUCAGAUCCAGGAGCUUUGCCUAAACAUAAUUCCCACAUUUGCCAAUUUAAUAGAUUACCCAUCAAUGAAAAAUUCACUAAUUCCAAGAAUUAAAACUGCAUGUUUGCAGACUUCUUCUCUUGCUGUCCGGGUAAACUCACUGGUCUGUUUAGGGAAGAUUUUGGAGUACUUAGAUAAAUGGUUCGUUCUUGAUGAUAUUCUACCUUUUCUACAACAAAUUCCAUCCAAGGAACCUGCAGUACUAAUGGGAAUUCUAGGUAUUUACAAAUGUACAUUUACUCAUAAGAAGCUGGGAAUUACCAAAGAACAACUUGCAGGAAGAGUAUUGCCCCAUCUAAUUCCUCUUAGUAUUGAGAAUAAUCUUAAUCUCAAUCAGUUCAAUUCUUUUAUUUGUGUUAUAAAAGAUAUGCUUAAUAGAUUGGAGGCAGAGCAUAAAACAAAACUUGAACAACUUCAUGUCAUGCAAGAGCAACAGAAAUCUUUGGAUAUAGCUAAUCAAAUGAGUGUGUCUGAAGAGGCAAGAUCUAGUAGUACAAAUAAUCAGAUUGACAAGGUAUUCAAUAAUACUGGAACUGACCUUCUAACUAGUGGACCUGAUAGUAAAGGAAAUGAGUUGUCAGCAGUACAGAAAAAGGCAUCACUUACACUUGAAGAGAAGCAAAAGUUAGCUAAAGAACAGGAACAGGCACAGAAACUGAAAAGCCAGCAACCUCUUAAGCCACUAGCAAGUUCAGUAACACCUCCAGUGAAGCAGACAAAAGAUUUGACAGAUACCUUAAUAGACAGUAUGUCAUCUUUGACCAGCCAUUCUAUCAACAAAGCUAAAGUGGCAUCUUCAAACAGCUUCUCUUCUGUCUCUUGUAUGGGUGUUGGAAUGGGAUUUUCAUCACCUGUCGACAGCACAAAGAGAAAUAUGACAAACGGACUAAAUACUAAUAUGGGUUUUCAGACUGCUGGAUUCAGUAUGGGAAGUGGUCCUACUGCUCAGAAUUUCUUCAGUGGUCCAAGUGCAGCAGGAACAACCAAGAUGAGCAUCGUACCAACAGCCAGUAUGCCAAAUUACAGUCCUAUGAAUGCUGCGUCUGCGAUCUCUCCACUGACACAACCAAACAGACCCCCAGAUAUGUCUGCUUUAGAUAAUCUUUUUGGUCCUCAAAAACCCAAAGUUAGUAUGAAACAGUUGGCUCAACAGAAAUCAAACCAGUGGGUCAAUCAGUUUGUGCCCCCACAAGGGUCUCCAAGUGUGAGCAGUUCAGUCAUGGGGCCUCAGAUGAACAUGAUAGGACAGACUGGCUUUGGUAUACAGGGUAACCCUUUCUUUGCUCCUCAGAACUUUGCACAACCAGCAAACACAAUGACAAACAGCAGCUCAGCUAGUAAUGACUUAAAAGAUCUUUUUGGGUAAUGUGUGUCUUUUCUUUUUUCAAAGAUUGAUAUAAUUUGAAUCGUGGGUAAGCUGAUUAACAUCUUUUUUUAAUGAUAAAAGCAUGGUUUGGGGGAAGUUCAUCCAGCAAGGUAAAGAUUUCUGCACCGGAAAAAGGACUGAUUUUUGCAUUCACCUGGUACUGCAGUGGAAUUGUGCAAGUGCAAAGUCAUCUUGCGUGCUAAAGAUUUCCCAUCUUUUUACCCAGCUUCAAAGCACUGAAGGUAGGAUGCAUAAAUUCAAUUGAAAAAGAAGGAGCUAAAUGUUUAAAAAUUAUUAAGAAGUGUAUUCACAGUUCCUGAAUUUAAACAAAGCUGCAUUUCUUAAACAGAAAUGUUUAGGGGGAUAAUAACACUAAGAAAUGCAACUUAGUGCUGUCCUAUCUUGUGGAUCAGUCUUUUUGGUGCCUGCUGAAUUCAGCUAUUGUUAACGAUUUAUGUCAUCUGAAUUUGGUACCAACUGUUACAAUAUCCCAUGACAGUUUCCAGAAAGUAAAUUCUUACGCUGACACAGAAUGUUUUGGUAGCCACGUUACAUAGAAAUAUCUACCUGAUAACUGUGUGAGACACUAUGAAAAAACAUUUUGCCUUUCUUCACUUGUGAGAUAAUUAGAAUUGAUGUGGUAGUAAACUACAAGAUAAAGUGGUUUUAGAAUUCUGUGCAAAUUUUGAGCAGUGGGAAAGUUCUGCUACAGUUGACAACCUGUUUUAUAACAUCAGAUCCUUGUUACCAACUCCAUGGCAAAAGCCACAUACCACAUAAGCAGGAUUUAAAAAUACGUGUGGUGAUUCAGUCACAUUUGCUAUUCAUUUCAGGAUAGUUUUUGUUUGCUUGAUACUGCUUUUGACUGGUGAGAGGGAAGAAAAGAACGGUAUGAGUAGUUUCAGAAUUUCCCAGAAAAAAAAAUGUCUGUAAAAUUCAAGUGUUGACUGCCCCAAUUUCUUACAGUUGAUUUGGUAACGGAAAUGUCUUGAAUUACUUGGUUUGGACACUGUUGGGAAGAUGGGAAAGAGUUGCCUGCCUAGAAGUUUCACAUGGUUUUGUGAAAAAGCAGACUGCCAUUAAUUGCCUUGACUAGAAUAAACUAUUUCAUUUUAGUUUUAUUUUAACUCAAGUCCUUAUGGAGGAUGGAUUAAUGUGAAGUAAGUUCUCAAAUACAGAUUUGUAAGCUCUAGAAUAUAUGACAAAUACACAGAUAUUUCAGAUCCUUUUUAUUGUAUUACUCCAAAUUUAAUAAAGCUCUCCAGAAAAAGAAGCAGUAGUUUGUUCUAGUUUGCAGAAGGUAGACGUUCAGCUUGCCCAUGAUAAAAUCUCUGCUUUGUCAGAUACUACUGUUGGAUUUUAACUUCUUCUUUCCUCAGAAUUUCAGGAACUUUCUUAUGUAAUAUUUUGGAGACUCUAGCUGGCUAUUUCAAGAAGGAAAGAACUAGUUACUUUUUUUAUGGAAAGCCUACAUGCUUUAUUUUUCAAAGCCUUUCACUGAAGAAAUUGUUCUUUCAUUUGCUGCUUAAGAAACCAAAGGGCCUUAUGCUGUAAAUGUGACAUGUAUUUUGUUAUACUUCAACAACUCUAAGUAGUAAUAGCAUUAAGCAUAUUUCCCAAAUAAUUGUUCAUUGUAGCUGCUGCCUUAGCCCUAUUAUUUUAGAAUACCUGGGACCAGUGAAAUUAUGGUUUAGAAAACAAAGCCUAACAGAUUGUGAUGCUUAUGUGCUGUUAAUAUUCAUGGUAAACAUCAUAGGUUAUAUUAAGGUAUCUGUGUAAACCUAAGUACUAUACUAGAACUGUUAAAUUAUUUAAAUUCAUUUAAAGUUACUAGUACUCUAUAUUCUCAAUCACACUAAUGUUUUCUUUUACAUCAACUUUUUGAAAGCUACAUUUUGUUAGGAUAACUUAAGUCAAGACUUUGAAAAAUUACUUGAAUCUGUAUUCCUCUGAAUUAUUUGGAAAAGAAGGUUAUAUUCAAAAUGACAUCUCUUGGGACUCUACAGUGUAUGUAAUUAAUAUAUCUAUGGUAAAGGCAGUCUUAAAUAUCAGUGUCCUGUUCUUGCUUUUUAGCCGCUGAUCCUCUUGUCCUGGGGAAAUUUCAGAACUUCAAUUAGAUUUAAUUUAUGGAGAGAAAGUUGACUGAAAAAUUUUGAUUAUAUUGUGAUCAAAUUUUAUGUGUAAGAUUGCUGAACUCUGAGGUUUGAGGCGUAUACUUUUGGCAUCUACUGUUGAAGAAUGUAUUUGGUAAGAACAAAGCAAAAAAUAUCCUAAAAGAUAAAACUAAAGUUCUUUUUUGUGAUACUGAUGUGUUGGAAUAAUAUUUUUAUGUGGCUCAAAUGAUAUGAAAUGUUUCUUAUUUCACAUUUCCACAGAUCAUUCUGAUUUCUCUGUUAGCCUCAGUUUUCAGAAUGUCCAGAGUAGAUGAAUAGAAACAAAGAAAACAGGGAGCUUAUGAAAAUCAUAGAAUUUUUUUCCAGUUAUUAAAAAAUAAAAUUGGAGAAGUAAUUUCAGUUAAAAUCAGAGGAUCACAUCCCUCUUUUUUGCACAUACUUCCUAUUUAGUGUGUCAGAGAACUGAAUGUUGAACAUCUCAAUUAUUUCCGCUUAACUUGAAGGGAAGAGGAGUUGCAAGAGGUAAGUCACCAAUGUGCCAUGUGCCACUUGGCUCCAGCUACAAUAGCCUUUCCUUAGAAACCAUUGUCCAGUUCAUGUAUUCACUUGUACAUCAUCAUUCUGAAGCCCUGCAAGAGGAUGAAAGACUUAUAUUAUGGCCAGAGUAAACACCAGUGUUUGAAAGCAACGGUUGUGCUUCAGAUCCAUUUCAGUUUGUAGAAAGGAGUAGGAGGAAGGAACCGUAUUACAAAAUGUGGGUAUUCCAGAGACCUUCUAUCUCUUGACUUGGAUGGAAAACAGUUCUGCAUCUCAACUGACCUGAAGUAGAGGAGACUGUUCAGCCCUAAUGCAAAACAAAAUGGAUAACACAAAUUCAAAACUAGUAUCUGUUCAAGAAAUUGCAAAUUCUUUAUUGGAAAAGUAACCUGAUAUAAAAUGUGUCUUCAUUAUCUGAACAAUUCUGUAAGUUACACAGAAUUUCUACCCUUUAUAUUCAACCUAAUUUAAAGGAAAAAGUGUGGAAGCUGACUGGUUGAAUCAUCACCAUACAGCCUCUGCCCUGCACACCCGUUUUGCUUGUCUGGCCCUCCUCCUUACUUCCCAUUCAUUUGUAAAGGAUUAGCAAAGACAAGAAGGGUGAAAUGUUUUUUGAUUGAUUUGUCUAUGAAAUGUUUACAAAAAAGGAGAAAUGCAAAGAAGAGAAGUAGAAAUUGUUGCAUAUCUUAAGCAGUUGUCCUUUGGCUGCUCUGGUGUAUGUUAAAUGAAUGCUCUCAUACCAACACAGCAGUUUUUCCGUAUUAGAACUGUUGGUUCAAAAUUCUUGAAGUGUGAAAGCCUCUGAAGCAUUCUCUAAAAACCCAGUCUUAGAAAAUUAAUUCUGUAGGUGGAAGGAUGGUAUUAAAGAGGCCUGAGAAACUACUGGGGCUGAUUGAGAGGAACCUUGAAACUAGUUGCAUAUUGAGUAGUGAGCUUUGUAGUAGUUAGCUGAGUAGUUAGCUGCUUCUUUCAAGAGGAGAGAAGUGGAAAUGAAAUGGCACAAGUGUCAUUUCAAGGAUGGAGGGAGGAGCAGAUUUUCUUUUUCCCACGCGUUUUGUGGAUAAGGCAUAGUAAGGCCUGUGAAGUCUUCUUAUCUGAAGGGCAGUACCAGUCUUUUGAAAGUUAGAGAAUCACCAGCUGUAUGGGAGAGACAAAGUAAGAAAUUUUACUGAGAACAGAGAUAGGAUGUUUCCUAGUUUGUUUUAUUGAAUACUGUAUGUCUUCCCCUCUGAAUGGUGACGUGAAUUAGAAGUGGCCUGGGGAAGUUGAGGCCUUACUGGUCUGCCCAGGUGCUGAGUACUCCAAGUAAAAGGUUGCGUUUUUAAUGCUUGAAAUAUUGUGCACCUAAGUCUUAACGAUUUAAAACUUUUCUGUUAAGGUUUGUAGCAACAUUUAUUUCACAUAUAUUUCCAUAAAUAUCCCAGUGGCACCUUAGAGUAAGGAAAAUGUGGUAGCUUUAGUAUUGUAACCUCUUUUGUGUGUAUGUCUACAGAUAGGUAAGUGUGUAUUUAGACUACAAGACUACAGAUUUUUUUCAGUUCGAGGGGAACCCAGGAGAGCAAACAAAAAAAAAAAGUAGUUUAAAAUUUAAUUUGAAUUCUACAAGGCUUCCAUUUGGGCAAACGAUUAUAUGCUGCUUUGUUAUGUAUUAUAAAUUAAUUCAGUUAGUCUGCCCAUACCUACACAACUUGAGCAGAAAAGAAUGGUUUUUAAAAGGUAAGUUUGUGGAGACUGAGUCCCUUGUUUUCACAGUGAUUUUUGUUCAUUGAUGAGUUCUUUAUGGAGGAGGGAAAUAUCACUGAUUUGUGCCACUUCCAACUAAAGAAACGCGAGGAAGGGGAAUACAGAAAUAUCUUGCUGUACACAUAACCCUUUUAUGUUCUUUGUUAAGAGAUAUGCUGCAUUUUAUAUACUCUAUUAUGAACUUUUAUUCUGAAAUAGCUGUGAGGAAACCUGUCUGGAGAUUUUCGGAUGAUUGAGCUGAUUUUCAUGUGAGGUCCUGCUUUGUAUCUAUCUUUCCAGUAGGUUUUGGCUGCUUUACAAAGAAAUUACGCAAGGCAGUAAAACCUUGAAUUCAUACACCAAAUCCUCUUGCCUUCCAGGCCUCACACCUCUAUCAACCGAACAUACAAGCCUGUGAAGUUGUAUCGUCUUUGAGUUCUCUGAAACAAUUCUAACUGCUGUACAGAUUUCUGAGAGUUGUAAAUCAAAAUAUGUUAUAGUGAACUCAGGCCUUGUGCAAAAUAUUUAAUAUUUGUUUAUUUGUCUAAUCGUACAGUCUCUACUAGUGGCAAUUUUAUGUGUUGAUUGUAAAACAUGAAGAUCCUCAUUUAUGAAGUAGUGUUACUGUAGUGUCAGCUGUGAUUCAUGAUUAGAACUGUCAUAGCAUGGCAUUGGUGUAUCUCCAAUUUAAUGGACAGCUCUUCAAAAACAAAUUUAUUCUUGUAUCAACUUUUAGAUCAAUUACUUAAAAUAUGUAAAAGGUACAGUGACUGUUUUGAGAAAUUCUUAUCACUUUGUACUGUGAAUGAGGUUGCCUAUGGAAAUAAAUGAACUUUUCAUAUA